CAAUCCAACAAAUCAACUGUUUCUCUCUCUCUCUCUGCGGAGUUUUGCGCAAAAAUUAAAAUUCUUUCAGAUCCGAUCUCUGCAGAAAUCCAAAUCGAUCGAAGAUGUCUUCAACCUUCAGCGGCGAUGAAACGGCACCAUUCUUCGGCUUCCUCGGCGCUGCCGCUGCCCUAGUCUUCUCCUGUAUGGGAGCGGCGUAUGGCACUGCUAAGAGUGGCGUCGGAGUGGCGUCGAUGGGUGUGAUGAGACCUGAGCUGGUGAUGAAGUCUAUUGUUCCCGUGGUCAUGGCUGGUGUUUUGGGUAUUUAUGGUUUGAUUAUUGCUGUGAUUAUUAGUACCGGUAUUAACCCUAAGGCUAAGUCUUACUACUUGUUUGAUGGCUAUGCUCACCUUUCUUCUGGGCUUGCUUGUGGUCUCGCCGGCCUUGCUGCUGGUAUGGCCAUCGGAAUCGUAGGAGAUGCUGGUGUUAGAGCCAAUGCUCAACAACCAAAACUCUUUGUCGGGAUGAUUCUUAUCCUCAUUUUUGCUGAAGCUUUGGCCCUUUAUGGUCUCAUUGUUGGCAUCAUCCUCUCUUCUCGUGCUGGCCAGUCUAGAGCAGAUUAGAAGAUUACUUCUUGCACAAGGGUUGUUGCUGUUCUUCCUAUCAAGUAAGAAUCAACAUUAUGUUCUCCAUGGUUAGCUUGAUAAUUUGGCUGGGCAGUGUUUUAAGCUCAAGUUUUCUGUUGCUCGUGUCAAUUGCUCGGCUGGAAGAAUUGAGGGUGGCAUGUUUAUGUUGGUAGGAUGUAGAUGAGAAGUUUGAUUUUCGCUGAAUAAAUUUGUCUGAUAUAUUAAUGGUGCUAUAUCUGGACCAUAUUUGAUUUGUAUAAACCAUUUUGGCUGUAUUAUUUGUUUUUCCAAGUUCGGCCUUAAAAGGCUUACAAUUACUUUUGUUCUUGUGAUUCCUGCGAGUACACAAAGUCGAGAAGAGUUUGAAAGUUA